AUUCUAUUUACAUGUACAAUAUAACUGUAUAAAAUUAUCAUGUAUACUAUACUCUAUACUGAUAUACAGUGAUACGUUUUCUAUCGUGUACUUUCUAUUACAGGGUUCAUUACCUCACCAGAAUUACACAGAUAGUGUACCGUCGUCAUGGUAUUUUGGCCACAGCGAAAACGGCUACAUGGACCGUGAACUUUUCACAAAAUGGUUUUUCAGCGUGUUUGUUCCAAACUGUGGCAGAACAAGACCCGUCCUACUUAUCAUGGAUAACCACGACUCUCAUAUUAGCAUUCCAGUAGUUGAAAAGGCGAUAGCUGAAAAUAUUGUUCUUCUUGGUCUCCCUGGUCAUUCCACGCAUAUUCUUCAGCCUUUAGACGUGAACAGUAUAUCACCUUUGAAGGACGCUUACACCAAAACACUGUCAAGUCUUGGAUAUCUAAAAACUGCAGUAAGCGUAGGAAGGGCAAAAUUCCCGGUUUUAUUAAAGCACGCAAUGGACAAAAUCGCUCCUGCAACUAUAGCUGACGGCUUCACGAAAACAGGGAUUUGUCCAUUUAACCCCUCUAUCAUUGAUCAAACGCAAAUAGUGAAGCCAACAUUUAUUGAAGGUAAAACUUGCCGAGUACGAUGCAUUUGUUUGUAA